AUGCUUGCCAAGCAAGUAAUAAAAUCAAAACCUAAUCCUGUAGGCAUAAAGAACUGGGUGCUGUGUGGUAAAUCGGGAAGGGCUCUUGAUUUUGAGCUGUACCAGAGAGGUGGAACAGGCAUUCCUGAGCAAUACAGACACCUCGGACUCGGGGCUUCCGUUGUUCUUAGACUCUCUGAAAGUGUUCCGAAGGACAUGAAUUACAAAUUGUGCUUUGACAACUAUUUUACGGGUAUUCCACUCCUCUGGGAACUGAAGCUCAAAGGCAUCCUUUCUCUUGGUACCAUAAAAGCCAAUCGACUGAUGGGAUGUGCCCUAAAGAAUGAAAAACAACUUGGCCAUCGCGGCGCUUCAGAUACUAAGGUAUCAGCAGAGGGAGACAUUUGUGUGGUUCGCUGGCUUGAUAAUGGUGUAGUCACCCUAGAGUCCACAAUGGCUGGGGAUCAGCCACGCGAUCAAGUGAGACGAUGGAGUGAAUCAGCUAAGACCCACAUCUUUAUUGAUCGGCCUUACGCCGUACAGGUGUACAAUGAUUAUAUGGGGGGUGUCGACAAGCUAGACUUCCUAAUUUCCCUCUAUCGAAUCAACGCAAAAACUAGAAAAUGGCCAGUCCGUAUGAUUUUCCACUUUCUGGACUUUGCACUGGCAAAUGCUUGGCUUGAGUACCGAAAUUUCGAAGUUGAACAUGGCACACCAAAACGCCAAGUUUUGGAUUUACUGUCCUUCCGUAGUGAAGUUGGCCAGGCUCUGAUAUAA